AUGAGUUCAACCCUCCACCCUCCACCACCUCCGCCCAAGCCCUCAGCACACUCAAGCGGAAGAGCAACACCGCAAACCGGCCCCCCGCUGCCUCCACCGCCGCAGUCCUCCCAGCAACCGACCUCUCGGCCCUACGUCCAGAGCUCACAGGCACAACCCCGCCAGCCCUCCGUUCCACCGCCCGACGAUGGUUGGCUGCCGGAUGUUUUGAAGGACAAGACGACCGUCGACCUCCACCACGUGUUGCAUACUGCCGAACUGCAGCACGCGCUGAUCCACAACCCUGAGACGGCCCAUCCCUCCGUUCCCGCGUCGACGGCGCCGUUGCAGGCAUUGCUUGCGCAGAAUGUCGCGCUAGCCGAGAGUCUAAAGCAACUCGAGGCCCAUCUUCAACGCCAGAGAGACAGUACGCAAUCGCGCUUGUUGUCGCUCAAGGCUCUUGAGCGGCAGUGGAGAGCGAAGCAGGCCGAACAGGACGAGGCAUUGCGCGAGUUCAGCCCUCCUGCGUUGUAUCAGCGACUGAGUGCCGCUGUAGGAGAACAAGAAGCGCUGUGUCGAGGGCUUGAAGAAAGCUUCCUUGAGGGCGAGAGUGCGGGUGGCCAUGAUACUGUUGCAAGCGAACGCGAGGUGACUGAGUUCGUCCGCAGGCUCAGGGAAGGCCGUAAAGUAGCCUAUCUGCGGGCUGAACGAAAGGAGAGAUGGGACGAAGGUCGAGUCGGCGGUUGGCGAUGA